CCCAUCAAACAGUUUCUCCGGUGGUUUGAGAACUAACUGAAAUGUACGAAAUUAACCUCCGUGGCUUACGUGUUCUGAUCGGGGAAUCUUUCCGCCGAAUCUGAGUUUACGUUUUUUUUUGGUGUCAGUCUCAUAGUUUUCUGGUUUUAAAACGGAAAAUAUAUGCGUUAGGGUAUUGUUGGAUAACGAGGAAGGAGUAAACGAAGGAAGAAGAGGGAGAUGAAGGCGUUGGGGUAUUGGUUAAUGGUGGUUGGUUCACUGAGACUAGCUUCUGUUUGGUUUGGUUUCUUCAACAUUUGGGCUCUUCGUCUCGCUGUCUUCUCUCAGACCACCAUGAGUGAAGUUCAUGGACGUACAUUCGGAGUAUGGACACUCUUGACCUGCACUCUCUGCUUUCUUUGUGCAUUCAACCUCGAAAACAAACCAUUAUACUUGGCUACGUUUCUAUCAUUUAUCUAUGCGUUAGGCCAUUUUCUGACUGAAUACCUCUUUUACCAAACAAUGACCAUCGCGAAUCUCUCAACUGUGGGCUUCUUUGCAGGUACAUCGAUUGUGUGGAUGCUCUUGGAGUGGAAUUCCCUUGAACAACCACACUCCAAACUUUCUUGAUGUUAGUCCACAUCUAUGUUUCUAAGUCUCUCGUCUUAUAAGCUUUUCUAAAAGUGGGAAUCAUCUGAGUUUUUGCUCGAUCCCUAAAGCUGUUGAUUCAUUGUUUCAUCUAAAUCUUACGACAUCUUUGAUGGAGUCUUGAACUAUGAGAAUAUCAUAAAUUCAUGGAUUAUAUGGUUUCUUUUUAAGUGUUGUUUAUUGCUUUUAAAACAGAGAUUUGAGUUUAGUGUAUGGUUGAUAGUCAACGAACAGGGAAACUAUUUCUUGCGUUCCCUUUUUUAUUUGUUUGUAUCCAAAAUGAUUCUAUUUUCCAUUUUCCCGG